UUCUCGGGCCAGGAAGGAUGCGUGGCGGAGCCAGGGAGUCCUGGAGCCUUGCGGAGUCGGCCUUGGAGCCUCCCCGCCGCGGAUAGAUGCCGCCUUGCCCAGGCUCUGAGGCUGAGUGACCAGACCAUGGAGACCCUGCUUGGAGGGCUGCUGACGUUUGGCAUGGCGUUUGCUGUGGUCGAUGCCUGCCCCAAGUACUGUGUCUGCCAGAACCUGUCUGAGUCACUGGGGACCCUGUGCCCCUCCAAGGGGCUUCUCUUUGUGCCCCCUGACAUUGACCGGAGGACGGUGGAGCUGCGCCUGGGCGGCAACUUCAUCAUCCACAUCGGCCGCCAGGACUUCGCCAACAUGACGGGUCUGGUGGAUCUGACCUUGUCCAGGAACACCAUCAGCCACAUCCAGCCCUUCUCCUUCCUGGAUCUGGAGAGCCUUCGCUCUCUGCACCUCGACAGCAACCGGCUGCCUAGCCUUGGUGAGGACACACUCCGGGGUCUCGUCAACCUCCAACACCUUAUUGUGAACAACAACCAGCUAGGUGGCAUCGCCGAUGACGCCUUUGAAGACUUCCUGCUGACACUGGAGGAUCUGGACCUCUCGUACAACAACCUUCACGGGCUGCCCUGGGACUCGGUGCGGCGCAUGGUCAACCUCCAUCAGCUGAGCCUGGACCACAACCUGCUAGAUCACAUCGCAGAGGGCACCUUUGCGGAUCUGCAGAAACUGGCCCGCCUGGACCUCACAUCCAACCGGCUGCAGAAGCUGCCCCCAGACCCUAUCUUUGCCCGCUCCCAGGCCUCCUUGCUGACGGCCACGCCCUUCGCUCCACCCUUGUCCUUUAGUUUCGGGGGAAACCCGCUGCACUGUAAUUGUGAGCUUCUCUGGCUGCGGAGGCUGGAGAGGGAUGAUGACCUUGAGACCUGUGGGUCCCCGGGGGGCCUCAAGGGUCGCUACUUCUGGCAUGUGCGGGAGGAGGAGUUUGUGUGUGAACCCCCUCUCAUCACUCAACACACACACAAGUUGCUGGUUUUGGAGGGCCAGGCGGCCACACUGAAGUGCAAGGCCAUUGGGGACCCCAGCCCCCUCAUCCACUGGGUUGCCCCUGAUGACCGCCUGGUGGGGAACUCCUCCAGGACUGCUGUGUAUGACAAUGGCACCUUGGACAUCCUCAUCACCACCUCUCAGGACAGCGGGGCGUUCACUUGCAUUGCUGCUAACGCUGCAGGGGAGGCCACGGCCACCGUGGAAGUUUCCAUCGUCCAGCUCCCACACCUCAGCAACAGCACCAGCCGCAGCGCACCCCCUAAGUCUCGCCUCUCGGAUAUCACGGGUUCCAGCAAGACCAGCCGGGGAGGGGGAAGCAGUGGGGCCGGGGAGCCUCCCAAAAGCACCCCAGAACGGGCUGUGCUGGUGUCGGACGUGACCACCACCUCCGCCUUGGUCAAGUGGUCUGUCAGCAAAUCUGCACCCCGAGUGAAGAUGUAUCAGUUGCAGUACAACUGCUCUGACGACGAGGUACUGAUUUACAGGAUGAUCCCAGCCUCUAACAAAGCCUUCGUGGUCAACAACCUGGUGUCGGGAACAGGCUAUGAUUUGUGCGUACUGGCCAUGUGGGACGACACAGCCACGACGCUCACGGCCACCAACAUCGUGGGUUGUGCCCAGUUCUUCACCAAGGCUGACUACCCGCAGUGCCAGUCCAUGCACAGCCAGAUCCUGGGAGGCACCAUGAUCCUGGUCAUCGGAGGCAUCAUUGUGGCCACCCUGCUGGUCUUCAUUGUCAUCCUAAUGGUCCGGUACAAGGUCUGCAACCACGAUGUCCCAGGCAAGAUGGCAGCGGCCACAGUCAGCAACGUGUACUCACAGACCAAUGGGGCCCAGCCUCCACCUCUGGGCGGGGCACCUGCUGGGCAGCUCCUGCAGGCACCACCCAAAGUGGUGGUGCGAAACGAGCUGAUGGACUUCAGUACCAGCCUGGCCAGGGCUUGUGACUCUUCCUCCUCCAGCUCCCUGGGCAGUGGAGAAGCUGCAGGGCUAGGCCAGGGUCCCUGGAGGCUCCCAGCUCCUGCCCCUCGCUCCAAGCCCAGCCUUGACCGCUUGAUGGGAGCCUUCGCCUCCCUGGACCUCAAGAGUCAAAGGAAAGAGGAGCUCCUAGACUCCAGGACUCCAGCAGGGAGAGGGGCAGGGACAUCGGCCAGGGGCCACCAAUCAGACCGAGAGCCACUGCUGGGUCCCCCAGCUGCCCGUGCCCGGAGUCUGCUCCCUUUGCCCCUGGAAGGAAAGGCCAAACGAAGCCAUUCCUUUGACAUGGGGGACUUUGCAGCUGCAGCUUCGGCUGGCUACAGCCCCCCUAGGCGGGUCUCGAACAUCUGGACAAAGCGCAGCCUUUCUGUCAAUGGCAUGCUCUUGCCCUUCGAGGAGAGUGACCUGGUGGGGGCCCGGGGGACAUUUGGCAGCUCAGAGUGGGUGAUGGAGAGUACUGUGUAACCAAGGCAGGGGCACCCUCCCUCUCACCUUCAGUGGGAGAGGGAGGGACAGAGUGGUCACUGGUGAGUCUUUGUGGAGUUUCCAUGGUGAUGUUUACAACCAGGGACAAUCAUGUCUCACUGUCAACAGCCUCUUGUCCCUCUGCCCAGCUGCACCCCUUCCCCCAUAUCACCUUCCCAGGCCUGUCCCCACCACCCAGCUGGGGGUGCUCAGGGAAUGGGACUCGCUCAAAUGUCAGACUGAGCCCUCAGUGUUUGGAGAGGCCACACACAGCCUUUCUAAUCACAAAUGUAGCGACAAGCAAGUGGCUUUGGAUUGCUGAUGGAUCCAGUGUUGUUUUGAUUUCUUAAUUUAUUUUUCCAUUU